AUGCGGGGGAUACGUGUGCUGGCGGGCACGGACCGCCUGCUUUGGAUGGCACGACGUUGCCUCAUAAGAGGCAGUAAUACGGCACUCAACUUCCACUUUUCGUCCUCUUGCAACAGCGGCUCUGAAAUGCGGGAGGCGAUUGCACCAGAGAUGGUGACAAUUGAGAUCGUUCCCGCCGCAGAGGAACACGGCAGCCACACAGCUGCUGGUGUUGGUGACAGCCACAGCGAUAGGGAUGGCAACAUGGACUGCCAUCGUUGUGAGGUUGACAUGAGUAGCCGUGCCGACGGGACUAGCACGCGAUCUACCGGUGAUGAGCUGCGCCAGAAGCACUACUGGGAUGUCACAAGCAUCGAUAACUUCGCCAAGAGUCGUGUACUCAACUACGUCCGCCGCAUGGGGAAUCGAUCUGCGGAUGUCUUUGAGGUGAGUGCGGAGCAGAUGCUGGGAAGGACGGUGUACCGCGCCCGGUGCAAAUUAGUCCUCCCAUCACCGCACCACUUCUACGUGGCGGAGGGUAUCGGUGAGGACGAGAAGGAUGCGGAACUGCUGGCAGCGAUGCAUGCAGAGCGGGUUUGUGAUGCGUUGGGAGUGCCGCUCUUCCGACUGCCAUCUAUGCAGCAGAAACACGCGGAGAAUGCACGGCGUCAGGGCCGUUACGCGCCAAUGCCCGGUGAUCCAAUCAAACCAGAGAACACCAUCGCCCCACCACCGCUGCGUAUGCUGACAGCACUCCCCGAUUGUGGUGGUGCCUCCUCUAAAGACGUCGCGGAUGGGGCAUCCGUGUUCUCCACCACCAUCACAGAGGCAGAAAUCAUCGGUGACACAACUUCA